AUGAUGAUGGUUGGUGCGAUUUGCCAAAACGAUUUGCUAGCAAUAGUUCUUGGAUUUCGCAUCCCCCAGUACGUUUUGACCGCUGACGUGGAAAAAAUGUAUCGGCAGAUUGACGUCGCAGAAUGCCAUACUCCGCUGCAAAGAAUCUUUUGGAGAAAGAAUUCCUGCGAUCCAUUACGAGUCUUGGAGCUCAAGACGGUUACGUAUGGCACAGCAUCGGCACCAUUUUUAGCCACUAGAACAUUGACACAACUGGCUGUCGACGAGAAGUUGCGAUACCCGGUAGCUGCAGAGAUCGUAAAUAAAUGCUUCUACGUAGAUAACGCGUUAUUUGGGUUCGAUGACAUAGAUGAAGCUAUUGAAGCACAAAGGCAGCUGAUCGAAAUGUUGAAGCACGGAGGGUUCCAUUUGCACAAGUGGUCAGCUAACAGCAAGGAGCUGAUGGAAAGGAUACCUGAAGAUGAUCGAGAAAAACUUGUUAGCAUUCACGAUUCUGGAGUUAAUGAAAUUAUCAAGACCUUGGGACUGAUGUGGAAACCAGAUAGCGACGAAUUACUUUACCUUUCUUUGCCAACAUCAGACAUCGAGCACCCAACGAAGAGACAAGUAUUAUCGCUACUUUCGACGAUGUUUGAUCCUCUGGGCUUAGCAGCUCCAGUAAUAGUUCUCGGAAAGCUUAUAAUGCAGAUGGUUUGGAAGGAGAAAUCUGACUGGGAUGCGCAAAUCUCAGCGGCUCUACUACAACAGUGGAAGUUAUUUCUAAGUGCACUAGAGGAUGUGAGUCAGUUGAGGAUUCCCAGAAGAGUGGUAGCGGCUAAUGUUAGUGCACAUGAACUUCACGGUUUUGCGGAUGCCUCCGGAGUAGCUUACGGAGCCUGCGUGUACAUCCGGUCGUUAGGUAAAGGAUCUGCAAGUAUGAAGUUGAUUGCAUCAAAGUCAAGGAUUGCACCUAUUACACCGCUGAGUAUUCCGAGGAAGGAAUUACUGGCAGCACUUCUGCUUCAUCGUUUGGUUAUGAAAGUUCUCUCAGUAAUCAAUCUGGACUUUAAGGAGAUGACGCUGUGGUCAGAUAACCAACCUGUAUUGGCUUGGUUGAAGCAUCCGCCAGAACAGCUGGAGCUGUUCGUUCGCAAUAGAGUAUGCGAGAUAGUUUCAACGGGCGAUCGUUUUGCAUGGAAAUACGUUAGAUCCAAGGAUAACCCAGCCGACGUAGUUUCUCGGGGUCAAGCAGCUAACAAGCUUGCCACAAACGACAUCUAUUGGAAUGGUCCUACUUUUUUAAGAAAUGAAGCGUACCGUAUGGAGACUCCGCCACCGUUGGCAAUUGAAGAAAUUCCCGAGUUGAAGCCUAUCGUCAGAGUUCAUAUAGUGACUAGAUAUGAAGAGUUGCCAGUGUUCAUCAGAUUUGAGUCGUUUCGGAAAUUGCAACGUGUAGUGGCAUAUGUGUUGCGUUUUUGUCGAAAUGCCAGAAUUAGAGAGGAAAGCCGCAACAUGGAGCGAUUUCCCACAAUCAGCGAGCUUCGGCAGGCAAUGAAGGUCAUCGUUAGAGUGAUUCAAAACCAAGGUCUGGCAGAGGAAGUCCAGCGCGUAUCAUCCAGCGAGCCCUGCAAGAAAAUCAAAAAUCUUAGUCCGUUCCUAGAUGAGGGCAUACUACGAGUUGGUGGCAGAUUACGCAACACAAGUUUAACGUACGAUGUAAAGCAUCAGUGGAUAUUACCGCAUAAGCAUCCGGUAGUAAGAAGCCUCAUCGCGGCCAUUCAUCGUGAGAAUCUCCAUGUUGGACCCUCCGGCGUAAUGGCUAUUGUUCGGCAGCAGUUUUGGGUCACCAACUGUCGAAAUACAGUACGCAGUGUAACCAGAAGUUGUGUACAGUGUUUUAAGCAAAAUCCAAGGCUAGCAGAGCAGUUUAUGGGAGACUUACCAAAAGGUCGCGUUGAGCGAGUACCAGCGUUCUUUAAGGUCGGGGUUGACUUUGCGGGACCAAUCUCCAUACGUCAAGGAAUUCGCAAGGCCAUACCAGCGAAGGGGUAUAUUUGUGUCUUCGUUUGCUUAGUAACAAAGGCCAUACACCUAGAAGCAGUUGAAAAUUUGUUCACUGCGGCAUUUCUUGCAGCACUGCAGCGUUUCGUAGCCCGACGAGGUGUUCCAGCGGAAAUUUGGAGUGACAAUGGAACAAACUUCGUUGGCACACGAAACGAGUUGAAGGAGUUGCGUAAGCUAUUCGAACGCGAAGUGACGGAGAAGAAAGUCUUUGAAUUUUGUCAAACAACACAAAUCAUAUGGAGGAAUAUCCCGCCUAGUGCUCCUCAUUUUGGUGGGUUAUGGGAAGCAGGCGUAAAGAGCGUAAAAUCUGUGCUGAAUAAAAUAUUGAAGCAAGCGACACUAAAUAUUAUAGAGUUUGCCACGCUCCUUUGCCAAAUUGAAGCGAUCCUCAACUCCAGGCCACUGUUCGCGCAUUCUGAUGAUCCAGCAGAUGAAGAGGUUCUUACACCUGGACACUUUCUGGUUGAUCGUCCUCUGACGGCCAUUCCAGAGCCUUCGUGCGAGGAAAUACCUGUGAACAGGCGCUCACGAUGGCAGCAUAUCCAAGUACUUCGCGAACACUUUUGGAAGCGUUGGUCCAAAGAGUACAUUGUGGAGCUGCAAGGUAGAACUAAAUGGACACACAGGCACACCAAUGUAAAACCGGGUAUGAUGGUAAUCAUAAAGGAGGACAACUUACCGCCUCAAGUUUGGCGUUUAGGCAAAAUUGAGAAAAUCUAUGCCGGAGACGACAAGUUGGUUCGGGUAGUUGACGUGCGCACCAGAGGAGGAAUCCUGCAGCGACCAAUCCAUAAAUUGGGUUUGCUUCCAAUUCCAGACAACGAAGCUUGA